AUGGCAGCACCUCGCUCAGCAACGCAGACGCCCAACACGUCCCUCCCAUCGACCACCAACCCCUCGCCGACCACCUCGACCGCGACUCCUCCGCCCAAGCCAAGACGGCCACGGCCGUACCGGACGAGGACAACGGCGGGCACGAAUGCGCCUGAGCGGACGAGGAAGGCGCUCGAGGGCAUCAGGGCCUUCCUCGCGAGCAAGAGCUGCUACGACAUCCUCCCCGAGAGCUUCAGGCUCAUCGUCUUCGACAACAAGUUGGGCAUCACGAAGAGUCUCCAGGCCUUGGUCACGAAUGGUGUCGUCUCCGCCCCGCUCUACGACUCGACGACACACCGCUUCGCCGGCAUGUUCACGCUCGCAGACGUCGUUCACCUCAUCCAGUACUACUACCUGACGGCGCACAAGUACGAGAAUGUUGUGGCGGAAGUCGAGGCUUUCCAGCUCGAGAGUCUGCGAGAAAUUGAGCAAGCUAUCGACGUCCCUCCUCCCCCGACCAUCUCCGUCCACCCCGAUCAGCCCCUCUCCGACGCCUGCGCCGCCCUCGUUCGAACACACGCUCGACGACUACCGCUCGUCGACCGAGACGACCAGACGGGCAAGGAGACGAUCAUCAGCGUUCUGACGCAGUACCGAGUGCUCAAGUUCAUCGCCAUCAACUGCACACACGACUGCGGCCGUCUUGACCAGUCCAUUGGCUCGCUCGGUAUCGGCUCAUACGCAUCGUGGUACCAGCCGACCUCCGACACUACUUCCUCCUCCGCGCCAGGUCCCUCCGCCUCGUCUGCUCAGGCAUCUGCGUCCGAGUCGAACGGCGAAGCUGGUCCCUCUACCGCCGCAGCGUCAAGCGAUGCGUCAAGCAGCACCGACAACCGGAGCACGCCGACCUCGACCGGUACCGAGACGCCUACGAACGCCUACAACGCGCCUCACAUGGACCCGUCUGCUUCGACCGACCCAGCGCAUCUCGAAGGCGAGCACAACGAUUCAGGCCAUGGAAAGGACGGCGAAGACGCGCACAAGUCGGGCGGGAUGGGCUUGUCGGACCGGUAUUGGCCGUUGUCGACCGCGACGAUGCAGACGAGCGUGUUUGAUGUCGUGCAUAUCUUUUCGGAGCGCGGGAUCAGUGCGGUGCCGAUUGUCGAUGAGGAUGGCGUCGUGUUGAACUUGUACGAGACGGUCGACAUCGUGGACCUCGUCCGACAAAACGCCUACCAAGUCCUGGACUCGACCAUCGAAGACGCCAUCAACCGGCGUUCACCCGACUUUACCGGCGUUAUGACCUGCACUCCAUCUGACACGCUCGCCUCGAUCCUCGUCUUUGUCCGCGAACGCCGCUGCCACCGCUUCGUCAUUGUUGAGCCGGAGGAUGUGCCGGCGAGGAAUGGCGAACCGGCGAGGAAGAAGGGCAGUUUGGUGGGGAUCUUGAGCUUGAGCGAUGUGUUGAGAUUCUUGGUCGGCCAUGAGAACCUGAAGGGGAUGGAAGUGCCGGGUCUCGGCGUCCACGGUCUUCGCGGCGUGCACAACGACGCGAACGCCGCCGGUCAAGAAUACGACGACGCCAUUUCAGUAACGGAUGCCUCUUCCGUCGGUGGCGGGUCAAAGACGACGAGUCGUCGAGGUAGCGAAGCGACGACCGAUGCAGGCGGGAGCGCGACGGACGUGCGAUUGGCGCAGCAGGCGGCGGGGCUGGGGUUGGAGGACGUGAUUGAGGCCAAGGCGGAGUAG